AUGCUGCACAAUUAUCACAAUCAUACAUCAAAUCGAAGGGUUGAAAUUUUCACGUUAAAAAUGUGGAAGAAAAUUCACUUGCGUUUGCCUCUGGCUGGUGAAAUUUUUGCUGGUUUGGAAAAUCAAAUAAUCGGUAAAGCGUCGGGAAAGGAAAACGAAAAACUCACAUUAAACCAUAAUUAG